UAAUCCCUUUUUCUCUUCCCACUACCCUUGCCAUUGCCAUUGCAUAGGCUAGCGAAGCGACACUUGCCAAAUCAUCACCAAUCAGUUACGGUUAACUGGGGAAAGGGUACUUUUGAUAUUAGAUCAUGGAACAACAUUCCAAUUCCUCCUUUAACAUUCCACCGCUGCCGCUGCCGCUGCCGCUGCCGCUGCCGCCAUCCAUUAAUUAUUACCACCAAAUUCACCACCGCCGAUCGUUGACUUGCCUUUUGUGUGCCUAAAUGUGGAAAAGAUUGCACAGUUUUGCUGGCUCUCUCCGUGACUUUGGUGGAUGCACGCGUCACAACAACGGCGCUUCCUCCUCUUGUCAAAAUCCUGGAGGUGGAGAUUUGGAUCGUGGUCAAAGAGCUUCAAGAGUUAACAAGGGUGGUCCCACCAUGCCAUUUCAGGCAGUGCGAUUGUAUAUUCAAGAUCACCAUGUGGUGAUGGAUAAUGGCAUAGUACAAGUUACCUUAUCGAAACCAGCUGGAAUUGUCACCGGGAUACGAUAUGAUGGCAUCGACAAUUUGCUUGAAGUUCUCAAUCGUGAAACAAAUAGAGGGUACUGGGAUCUUCACUGGAAUCCACCUGGAGGCAACGGAAUAUUUGAUGUGAUUAGUGGAACAAGUUUUAGGGUCGUAGUGGAAAAUGAUGAGCAGGUUGAGCUCUCAUUUACAAGAAUGUGGGAUUCCUCACUUGAAGGCAAAUACAUUCCCUUGAAUAUAGAUAAAAGGUUUAUAUUGCUACGUGGUUCGUCAGGCUUCUACUCAUAUGCCAUUUACGAGCACUUGCAGGAAUGGCCUGGUUUUGAUAUUGGCGAAACAAGGGUUACUUUUAAACUCCGGAAAGACAAGUUUCAGUACAUGGCUAUAGCUGAUAACAGGCAAAGAUUGAUGCCCUUACCAGAUGACCGCUUGCCAGGAAGAUGUCAAGCCCUGGCUUAUCCAGAAGCUGUCAUUCUCGUUAAUCCCAAACUGCCAGAGCUCGCAGGAGAGGUGGAUGACAAGUACCAAUAUUCAUGUGAAAACAAAGAUAAUCAAGUCCAUGGGUGGAUAUGCUUCAAGCCUCCAGUGGGGUUCUGGCAAAUCACACCAAGUGAUGAAUUCCGAACUGCUGGGCCCCUGAAACAGAAUCUCACUUCUCAUGUUGGCCCCACCACUCUUGCUAUGUUUCAUAGUUCACAUUAUGCGGGAAAAGAUCUGGUACUGAGUAUAAGCCCUGGUGAACCAUGGAAGAAAGUUUUUGGCCCUGUUUUUAUCUAUCUUAAUUCUGCAUCAAAUGGAGAGGACCCUCUCUUUCUGUGGGAAGAUGCUAAAAUGCAGAUGAUGGCUGAAGUCCAAAGCUGGCCAUACAGCUUCCCUGCUUCUGAGGAUUUCCAAAAGUCAGAAGAACGAGGGAAUGUUUGUGGACGACUACUAGUCAAAGACAGGAAUAUAAGUGAUGACUAUAUACUAGCAAGUGGUGCUUAUGUGGGGUUGGCCCCACCAGGAGAUGUUGGAUCAUGGCAAACAGAAUGCAAGGACUACCAAUUCUGGACCAGAGCAGAUGAGAAUGGCUAUUUCUCUAUUAAAAACAUACGCACCGGGGACUACAAUCUUUAUGCAUGGGUCCCUGGAUUUCUUGGAGAUUACAGAUGGGAUGCUAUCGUGAACAUAAUUUCUGGUUUUCUUCCUCAAACUCUAUUGAUCUCUUUUGAGUACUGUUUUUUCAAUGAUAGAUGUUACAGAGUUCAAAUAUCAUGCAACGUAGGUUGUGAUAUGGACAUGGGUGAUCUUGUGUACGAGCCUCCAAGAGAUGGGCCCACACUGUGGGAAAUAGGCAUCCCUGACCGUUCCGCUGCUGAGUUCUAUAUUCCAGGUCCUGAUCCAAAGUUUAUGAAUAAUCUAUAUGCCAAUCAUCCUGACAGAUUUCGGCAGUAUGGUUUGUGGGGCAGAUAUGCAGAUCUGUACCCUGAUACAGAUUUGGUUUACACAGUCGGUCUCAGUGACUACAGAAAAGACUGGUUCUUUGCUCAGGUUGUCAGGAGAAAAGACGAUGAUACACAAGUAGGAACUACAUGGCAAAUCAAGUUCAAACUUGACAAAGUGGAUCGGAACAGUAGCUACAAACUGAGAGUGGCAAUUGCAUCUGCAACCCUAGCAGAAUUGCAGGUUCGUGUUAAUGAUGCAAAAGCACAACGUCCACUAUUUACAAGCGGAUUGAUAGGGAGGGACAACGCAAUUGCCAGACAUGGGAUUCAUGGGCUCUACCGGCUGUAUAAUGUGAAUAUUCCAGGAGCUCGGCUAGUCGAAGGAGAGAAUACCAUCUUCUUGACGCAGCCAAGAUGCACCAGCCCUUUCCAGGGUCUCAUGUAUGACUACAUACGUCUAGAAGGUCCUCCGCUUUCUGGAUCCAGUAAUGAAGCUUCCAGUUCAUUUAAGUAAAAUAUCCUAUCCAGUUAGGGAGAAACCCUGAAUAUGCAGAUGUGUAAAUUCUCAUGUAAGUGUAAGAUUGAAAGUGGUAUGAUUUCAAUGAGUGAUGAAACCAAGAUCAGAAAUAAUAGAUAAAUAAUGAUAUAAAAUAGAA